AUGUGGGCAUCCGCACCAUUACCCAUCUACUCCACCACCCAUAACUUCAAAAAGGCAGCUCGGCGGGCUACCAUUGAUAACGACAGCUCGAAGCAGGAUGUCUCCUCAUCAACGUCCCGCCCGAGCACCCGGUCCCGUCCUGACCCCCAAAGCUCCAAGGACAUCGUGUUUGAGCCAGCUGUAGACGGCCCGCCUUCGCCCGAACGAAUCCGUGCUUUCAGUAAACACGUCAAGAGGGUCUCGGCUCUGGAAUCAACCUCUUCAGUUGCAGCUCGUCCUCACGCCACGGAUCGCCCCUCGUGGGAAAACACGCUUGAGCACAUCACCUUGUCCAGGCGAUCCUCCGGCCGGUCAACUUCGAGCAGCAUGCCAUCACGCGAUCGACCAGAGAGUGUUCAAUUGUUCGGAAAGACCAUCUUCAACCGAAAAGUCAGGAUGAGGGCAGAGAGCAAUGCCAAUAGUUCUUCCGGGAGCUCACUCUAUUCGACGGAUCAACCUCUGGAUAGCAACCCCAUACCCCCGCCGAAAGAGCAGCUUAUCCCCGGUCUGUUUGGGCGGCGCAAGAUUCCGAAGACGGACCCUACUUCCGUAGACCGUCCGGCCUCUAGCAGUGGUAACAAGAAACUGCUCAUCUCUGGUCCCUACAACUUUCAGCACGUCACUCACACGCGGCGAGAACACUUGCCUCAAGCACAACGUGAAAGUCGCGCGGACUUCUCGGCUCCUCGUCCACCAAGACCGCCCCCAGCUGCUCCCCUGCUGGGCAUGGAAGGCGACAGUCUUCAUUUCUCCAACUUUUCCUCUGAGGCUCUGGCCAUACGCGAAGAUGGUGCCCCGGUCGAUCUACCCACUCAAAUAUCACCGCGACGCCUACCGCCGCAGCAGUCCCCACCACUUCAACGACAGGCGCCAGGCAUGGUCUCACCACGCCGUCUUAUUAAGCGUACGCGCUCACAGGAGCAGAUGCACAGUGCCGCAUCGCGCUCGGCGGCGCCUCCCCGGCCUCCCAGGGCUCCCGAAGACGUUAUCCCGCCUAUCCCGCCUCCUCGUAUCUCUAGCAGGACGUCGACCCGGUACGACGCGACCGAUUCCUUGAUCGCUGGCUCGUGGGACCGACCAGUCACCGGCGGUGGGUUCCGUCAGCCGAAGCCUUUCCCUCUGCCUGCUGAGAGUGAUACGCUUCCCACAACAGCCGGCGAACUCCUUGCUGCGCGAUCCGCAGAGGUCGAAUCGCCGUCAAGCCCAAUUUUCCCACACGCAAUCACGACGCCUGAUGAUGCUGCGUGGCCCCUGACGACUUCGAGCACCACUUUCGCGUAUGAGACUGCUCUGGCUGAUGUUCCGGAGGAGGAUGAGCAGCACGUAUCAUCACGGCGAUCGCGUCUCAGCUUGGCAAGCAACAACUCCUCCCUGCGCGGAAGUCAUUCGGUUCCAAUGCUGCGCCUGUCGGCACAGCUUCAAGCAGCACAACUCCAGUCCAAAAAUCCUCAUCGGCCCAUGAGUGGUGCUUCCGACACGCUGGGACGAUUCGACGUGAUUGCUGCUCAGCGCGCUCUGAAGGCAGCAUUACAUGAGACGAGCGAGGUUGAAAUCUUGCCUCGUGAAAGCUGGGAAGAUGACAUUGACUAUUGCUACGAACACGAGGCUGAAGCUGACUUUGAGUACGCUUGGGAUCGGCCAUCUCUUGACGGUGAUAGGGAUGAGGAGGUACAUUCUGUGGAUCUGGACGCGACAGCGACGACGGCUUCCUACAGCUUCUGCGUUGACGAGGAUAUCGAGGGUAUUCAGCCAUUGUCUGUUGGGCUUCAACCUGUGCCGGCCCGGCACUUUGACAUUCCGGCCCUCAGUCCUGUUAGUCAAGCGUCGACAGCCACCGGCCACGAGGCCAUCACGCCGACAGUUCCGUUGAUGCCAACAACGUCCAACUUCUCGCAUCCACGAAUCGAAAGUACAUGCCGCAGUCCUACUCAUCUGCAUGUGCGGACUGCAUCCCGUGCAUCUAGCUUCAAAGAAUCCCAUGGUUUCAACCUCUCGCCAUCCCUCCUUAUCCCAGGCGAUUUCCAGCAGCAGAUGGUCAUGGCAGAGUCUCGUGUCGACGGGUAUUCUGAUGAGAUGCUCUCUUCUGGGGCAGUUCGUUUCUCUUACGGCACGGAUGCCCCUGUGGCGUUGAGCACCUCCGGCCUGUACAUUCAUGAUCGCACCAGCACGUCGACGACUGGCUCGAAUUCGACUGGGCAUACCACAUCUAGCGACGAGCGCCACAUCUCAGCAGACUCCAACUUGACUGCCUUGACUCGUUAUACCAGUGGCACCGCCUUCGAGGCGUGGAAUCCCAAGGCUUUAGAUACCGUCGAUCCUGCUGCCCUGGAAUACGACGAAGUCCCACCUCUGUCGUCACCAAAGAGCCCGAAGAGCCCAUGGUCAGAUGGUGGCGAUGUCAUGUCCCGCUCCAUGGGGGAUAUACGGGACGAGGAGAGGCGUAUCGCAGCCAGUGCAGGGCGUGACAGUGUGCAGUCCACCAGAAACAAAGAAACAUACAGACAUAGGCGUCAGAGGGCACAUACCACGAGUUUGAGCACCCCGGCUGGCGGCUAUGCUCUUUUCCCGCCUGCUUACGCUGGCAACCGGAUCUGA